GAAUGUAAGGAAAUGUGAAUUCUUAUUCGAGAAAAAUGGAUGAAUUAACAGAAAAUCCAUAGAUUUACACCAAUUUAGAGAUGAUAAAAUCUUCAAUCUGGAUUGGUCUAUAUGGAGAGAACUUUAAGAAGGUUGGGAAGUGGUUUGCUACUUGGAAAGGUAAAAUCUAGUUAGGAUAGGAGGGGACUAUUCAUUUGAUGGAAAAAAAUAAGGUUUAUGGAAAGAAUUUAUAAUCAAUUAUUGGGAGUAAUCAAUAAAUUAUACUUUCAUAAGUGAGGCAGAAGUUUAUGAGGGAGGAGCAUAUCUGAAUGAUUCUAAAUAAGGAAUUUGGAAAUUUAGUGAUUCUUCUAAAGUGAUGUAUUCAAUUAUAGCUACAAUUUAGUGCACAGG